AUGAUAUUGAGUGAGAUUAAUGUUAAUAAUACUAGUUUACAUCAUGGCCUUACGGAAAGAAUUGGCAAUUUUUCCAUCGAACUUCUUUAUCAUACUACAACAACACAAAAGCAAGUUAAAAACUUAGUGAUGUCUCCAUUCACUGUUUGGACAUCGUUAGCUGUAAUAGCAGAAGGUGCAUCAGGAGACACACUGAAACAAAUAAGUCACGCAAUACGUGUAUCACCACGAAUGAGAACAAAAACGAGAGAAGAUUUUCGAAGAAUCGCUCAGUGGCUACAAGUAAACACUUCCACAGUAGAUCUUGAGAAGUUUAACGCUAUUUUUGUUGAUGAACAAAAGCUACCACUUCCAGAUUUUAUUGAUAUAGCAAACCAAUACGAGACUAAAAUGAUUAAACUAAACUUCAGUGGUAGUCAUACCUCCGAACUAAUAAAUACAGCAAUUAGUAAAGUUACUCAUGGAAAAAUACCGAAUCUAACUGAUAGUGGUGAUUUUGGUGAAACACAAAUGGUUCUAACAAGUGCUCUAUAUUUUAAGGGUCAAUGGACAGUGCCUUUUAAUACGUCCUCAACAUCAAAACAAUCUUUUUAUGACAGUAACGGUAAACAAAUUGGUGAAGUUAAUAUGAUGUAUAAUCGUUACAAUUAUCCUUUUGCUAAUAUAAUGGAACUGAAUGCUAGAGUUAUAGAGUUGCCAUAUGGUAAAGAAAACAGGCUAUCUAUGCUUAUUAUGUUGCCCCAUCAAGGUGUUUCCCUUCAAGAUAUGUUCAUAAACUUUAAUAAUGUGCCUUUAGAUGUAAUUUUUGAAAACUUGAAAUUGUCUGUUGAAGAAUAUGGUGAUGAGGAAGUUGACUGUUUCAUUCCGAGGUUCAAAAUAGUGUCUAACAUAGAUAUGACUGAUAUUUUAAAGAAUCAAUUUGGUAUUAAAGAUUUGUUUGACGAAUCAAAAGUAAGAUUACCCACCAUGUCACGUAUACCAAUGUAUGUGACUAAAGUUUCACACAAAGCGUUAAUUGAAGUAACUGAAGAUGGAACAGUGGCAGCUGCUGUAACUGCAUCUGAGUUCGCAAACCGUAUUGGUGUUGUAAGUAAUACCAAUCAUAUACAAACCGACUCGAUCACGCAGUCACACACGCAACCACAUUUUAGCAAUCAGCAAGGCUUGACACAAAGAAGACGAUGGACAGCUGACCAAAACGAAUCUAUUGUGAGAAAUUACUAUAAAAUCACCAAACUUGGAGAAAAUAAACCAGCUUACCGUAGACCCCUCCAUCAAGCAGUCAUAGAAGAACACCCUGAGUUAACAGGUGUAAGUGAACAACGAAUAUCAGAUCAGCUCAGAGUAAUAUUGAACAAUAAAAUGAUUAAUGAGCAAAGACUUCAAAAGAUACGUGACAAUAUAUCAAGCAACCUGAAUUCCCGACGAGACAAUAUGGAAAAUAAUUCAUCACUUAUCACAUCACAACACACAAUCCCUACACCCGAAACAGAAAACUCACAAGAAGCCGACGUUCAUCCAUUCAUUAUAGGAAGUUACGCUCCCGUGCAUACACUUAGCUUAACCUUACAACCUCAACCUGACGAAUCAGUGAUAUCCACUAAAGCCUCUGAACCUCAAAAAAAAAAACCAAGCAAUAGAAAAUAA